UUCCUCGGCGACUCGUAUAUCACUGCCUAACACUUCUGAAUAGACAACAACAAAUCAAUGAGUCGCAGCAAUGGCCAUAGAAGAAGACGAGCAAUACAACUCGGCAUCCGAUGAAGACUUUAAUCCAGACGCCGUGUCCGCCGUGGAAGACUCAUCGUCUGACGAAGACGCGGCUGAAGGAAGGACAGUUGCAAACAGUUCCCGGAGACAGGGCACGAAACGCUCGCGAGAAAAAAUUGAGAUCGGUGCUGAAUUAGACUCUGGCGACGAAGCGACUAUCAGAGAACGGAAAAGGAGGCAAAGGAGAAAAGGGAAAGUCGACGAAACCGAGCAGAGCGAGGACUCUACAAAUGUCUCGAGCGACGAUGGUGGCGAAGGCGGCUUCGUUCGCACCCGCGCGCAGAGACGCGCCGGAAAGAUUGAGCGAAGAGCGCUUGCUAGCACAAAAGGGGCCACCGUAGAUGUGGACGCGAUGUGGGCGCGCCUGUCAUCCAUGCCGGUAGGAAGGGCUCCAGAGCCUGAAAGUAUAUCGGCGGAAGGCGAAGACGACUAUGUUGUCAUAAAACGUACGACGAAAUUUGCCGGCCAAAUCACGACGGAAGAGAGGCGUGUGCUGAAAUCUAGCAAGGAGGCAAGGGUGUGGUUCGAGGAGCAGGAGACAGCGCAGCGGAGAAAAGAGCCAGAGAAGGAGAACAAGGCCCCGGAUGCGCAGCCUGGCAAUCAGCAGGACAUAGAUGAGCCGUCGCAAGCAGCACCAAGUAUGCCUCUGCGGCGGCCUCUGAAAAGACCGUUUAGGUGGGAUCCUAAUCCCACAGGCGAAGUCAAAGGCCUCCCAGCAAAUCUGCAAUUGCGCUGGCCUCGUGGUAGACUUCCUGCUGCUACUGCCACUGCUGACCCCAAUGAUACAAAUAUCGCCAGUCACCGGGCUCUACCAAAGCUGCCAGCUGCGGCUAAACUGAACACUGUACAGAAGAGCAAGUACGAUUGGGCUACUUAUGUCGAUGAGAAUAAAUUGGCGGAGGAAUUGGACGAGUACAGUCGCAGCAAAGAGAGCUACGCUGGUAGGACAGACUUCUUGAAUCGGCUGGAGCAGAAGAGAGAGGAGAAUCGGCUGGCGGCAAGAAGCAAGCUUAGUCAAGUACGACCGUAGAUGCCUGAAAAACGGAAACGCGGCAGACUGUUUGGUGCUUUCUUGAGCUGCUGGCAGUUCUAAAUUUGAGCGGAUAUGCAUUCUCCAGGUUGGAAUGGAUGGAUGGACGUGAGAGUGCAUAGUAAGACGUACAAUUGGCCUGCCAUCGCAAGGGCCGACUGCAACUUGCAAACGAUUGCAAAAGGUCGUAGAAAGAACACUGGUGUAAAGAGAGAUACCCUACCGCCUUUAAUUUUCUUUGCGUGCUGAAAUUGUUGCUCUUGGAGCAACUACAAUAGCUGCUAUAUAUUGAUCGCCUCCGAUAUCAAUCGAAGAGAUGCAUGCGAAUUUGAC